UCCCCUCGAAGGAAUAGAAACUCCUUCGGGACUCAUGUGUGUCAAGGCCAGCCGGGAGCGACAUCCCAUCCUUUUUGGAUCGCGCCAAUGGCUGCGAGAGAUAGCAUUUCAGUAAAAAUCAUAUCGAAACAACUCCUGUCAAUUAAAAUCUUCAUUUUUCAUUCGCGGUGAUGUCAUUCGUAAAUAAAGAUCCACCGGUGUUCUCCAACUGGCGAAAGGUCAGGAGAGUGUCUGAAUAAAGUGCCUAGCAACAGAAGAUAUCUUCUCAAAGCCUGCGUUAUCUGCGGCUUUUUGUAUGCUGCUUUUUUUUUUUCCAAAUAAAAGUUAAUACUUUGAAAUAGCGUGCUGGCCCAGAUUCCGGCGAGCCGGAACUAGCUGAUCCAGGAAGAUGAAGGGAUGGUUCGAUGCCUUUCGCAACGACGGCGGUCCGACGCUCUACAGUUACAGCAACCGCACUCCUGUCACCGGUGACGUUCCCUUGGUCAUCGUAUUCGUGAUAUUCGGCACCCUGUUCGCGGCGUUUCUAGUCAUAUUCCCGGGCGUCAGGAAAGAGCGGUUAACCACAUUUCUCACGGUUACCCUGAGCCUCUUCGUGGGUGCGACGAUUCAAGUGGCGCAAUACGGCUCAUCCUGGCAUACGAGCUCCGCUACCAUUGUCAGCUCUUACAGCGCUUUCUCCAAGCAUAAGGCAACGGCCGACAUAGGCGGUUACAUCGGUUUAAUGCACAUCAAUAUAACAUACAGGCUAUUGCCAAGUAAUGAGCAGACGAGCGGUGACGUCGAGUACAAUGAAAGAUUUUGGUGGCGGAGUUCUGGCGAAAUGACCAGCGCAUUCAAGCAGGCUCUUCAUCAGGGUGCGCCGUUUCCCAUUGUUUCCUUGGCGGAGUAUUUCAGCCUCCAUCAAGAGGGAUUUUCUUGGGGUUUACGAUAUCGCGAAGCUGGAUAUUAUGCUUCGAUAAUGUUAUGGACCUCCUUUGCCUCGUGGUUAAUGAUGAAUUUAUUACUUAUGGUGGUACCGCGAUAUGGGGCAUACGGCAUGAUUUUCACGGGUUUAUGCAUGCUGUUAACAAACCUGAUCUACACGACACUCUUACCAUGUGAACCUCUGAUAGCCCAUAUCGAGGGCUCGAUCCUUUCUUUCAAUCUCGGCUGGAAUUAUUGGUUGGUGUUAUCAGCUGGUGCUGCGUGCCUCUUCGCGGGACUCAUAAUAACAGCUAUAGAUAUGAUCUUCCCUCAUCAAUUCUCGACCAUACUCGAAGUCGACUACGACACGCCGUAUGAUAGGCACGUCAUUAUAGAGGAGAGUUUCGAUACGCGUAACGUUAGGCGGAAAAUCCCCAAGAUUGAAGAUUCGUUCGGCGAUCGAAUAAUGAGUCAACUGUCAUCUAAACUACAAAAUAGACAUGCCGUUAAAGAGGAUACCGAAGGUGUCAUUAAUCGAGGCUAUACGUCGCACGAGUUGUCCGAAUUCCCGCAAGAAAUUGGUGAUGAGUCCAGCAAGAGUAAUUGGUCGUAUCCAUUCCCGCCAACCUCGCGCAGAACCAUUAAUGCCUAAUAUAUUUCUCAAAUGCUACGGACAAUUACGAUACUCAUCGACUUUCCUAAACGCUAUUAAAAAUACUUAGAUAGGUAUUUUAUUUUAUGAUUAUUUAAUACUAUUUAAUAAAAAAAGAGAAUCCAAGACGUCUCUGAUUUGAAUCAUAUGCGGAAAUUCCAUUUUGAGAGCGUUUACCCUACAAUUACGAAUGUAAAAAAAAAUUUGAUAAUAAAGUAAAAAUAAAUAUAUGUACACA